AUGAAGACGAUAGCACAGCCACCGUUCGACAUAGUCACGGAGCCACCGACCGAGGAGUUGCUGGAAGUGUCCCGGUGUGAUUUACGCGAAACGCCUGAGUUGCGGGAGCAGGCGAUCCAGCAGUUGCGCGAUUUGCUGCACAAUGCCACCGACCUGAACUACGCGGACGAUGACGACUUCCUGCUAAUCUUUCUGCGCCCGUGCCACUUCUAUCCGGACAGUGCGCUCAAAAUGAUGCGAAGAAUAGCCGACUUUAAGAAAACCAACUUCCCUCUGAUGCACAACCUGUCGCCGGAGGAUGAGAAGCUCUCCUUCCUGGAUCACAAGAUUGUGAACGUGUUGACGAACCGGGACCGAAAGGGUCGUCGGAUAUUGAUCGUGAGCUGCGGUGCGGUCUGGGACCCGAAGGCCGUCACCGCCGAGAAGCUGUUCCGGAUGUUCUAUCUGGUGCAUCUGGUGGCCCAGCUCGAGCCGGAAACGCAGAUUAAUGGGGUAGUGAUCGUGAUGGACUUUGAGGGACUGUCGCUGAAACAGGUGCGUGGUCUAUCGCCGUCCUUUUCGAAGCUGUUGCUUACCUUCCUGCAGGAGGCGGUCCCGUUGCGGAUGAAGGAGUUCCACAUCCUCAAGCAACCGUACAUCUUCAACAUGGUGUGGACAUUGUUCAAACCGUUCAUUGGUGAUAAGCUCAAGAAGAGGCUCUACUUCCAUGGUAAUGACAUGAAGAAGCUACACAAGCACAUCGAUCCAGCGGAUCUUCCCAAAAACUAUGGCGGUACACGACCCGCACUGGACUACAGUUCCCGGGACUGGUAUCCUUGCAUCGAGAAGUACACCGAGCACAUCCACCGAUGGAACAACUACGGCUAUGCGGCUAGCCCUUGA